AAAUACCUGAAUAGGAUAGCGUAUAUAUAUAUAUAUAUAUACACACACAUACACACACUAUAUUGCCAAACGUAUUGGGCCAGCCCUCCAAAUCAUUGGACUCAGGUGUUCCAAUUACCUCCAUGGCCACAGGUGUAUAAAAUCAAGCACCUAGGCAUGCAGGCUGCUUCUACAAACAUUUGUUAAAGCUCAUAGGUUGCCACCUGUGUAAUAAGUCCAUCCGUGAAAUUUCCAUGCUACUAAAUAUUCCACAAUCAACUGUUAGUGGUAUUAUAACAAAGUGGAAGCAACUGGCAACAGCAACUUAGCCACAAAGUGCUAGGCCAC